AGGUUAAUCGACUAUUCAAGUACCCUAUACGGAACACUCUGUCUGUAAGUGCUUUCUAGGGCCUGCCUGUCUCAUGGUGUUUUCCUCUUCCACAGGACUAUAUUUGCCCAAGGUGUGAGUCUGGGUUUAUUGAAGAGCUUCCCGAGGAGCCCAGGAAUGCUGAGAAUGGUUCCAGCUCUUCGGCCUCGACCAGCGAUCAGAGCAGACACCCAUUCGAGAGCAUGGACCAGCACUUAUUCACCUUGCCGCAGGGCUACGGCCAGUUUGCCGUUGGGAUUUUCGAUGACAGCUUUGAGCUUCCUGCUUUUGGGCCUGGUGGCCAAUCUGAAGACAACAGGGACUCGGAGAACCGACGGGAGAGAGAGCACCAGUCUCGGCACAGAUAUGGCGCGAGACAGCCCCGAGCCCGCCUCACUGCACGGCGUGCCGCUGGCAGGCACGAGGGAGUCCCCACGCUGGAAGGGAUUAUACAGCAGCUGGUCAAUGGCAUUAUCGCACCUACCACCAUCCCCAACCUAGGACUAGGCCCUUGGGGAGUCUUGCAUUCAAAUCCUAUGGACUAUGCUUGGGGUGCCAAUGGCUUGGAUGCAAUUUUCUCUCAGUUAUUAAAUCAGUUUGAAAACACUGGGCCACCUCCAGCAGACAAGGAGAAGAUCCAAGCGCUCCCCACUGUUCAGAUAACAGAGGAACACGUAGGCUCCGGGCUCGAGUGUCCCGUUUGUAAAGAGGAUUACACCCUUGGUGAAAAUGUCCGGCAGUUACCCUGUAAUCAUCUGUUCCACAAUGGCUGUAUAGUCCCCUGGCUGGAACAGCACGACACAUGCCCCGUGUGCCGGAAAAGUUUAAGUGGACAAAACACUGCCACGAACCCACCAGGACUCACAGGCAUGAACUUCUCCUCCUCGUCGUCUUCCUCUUCCUCCAGCUCACCCAGUAACGAAAAUUCAUCAAACAACUCGUGAAUCCUGGCCCAGCCCCUGCCCCCCUUGUUCCUAGCCAACAUACGCAACUGAGGGCUUCCGGAGCAGAGCGAGGGGGGGACCGAAACCCCGACAUUGCCUCGUGAGGCCCCUGGUUCUCCAGAGACGAGACCCCUCAGGCUCUCCGGUGGGGGAAGCACUCUGUGAAUUCAGUGUGUCGCCACAUGGACUCUGAAAACGGGUGUGAUGAAAGGCCAUGACGCUUCUCAGAUUGGAAACCCACGGUGCUGUGCUGUUGGCUGCCUAGCUCCAGACUGGGGCAGGUGGUUGGUAUGGUUUUGAGAUCCUGCUCUUUCUAUUCCCCUGCUCCUCCAUCCCUUUCUGCUUUGACAUUUUAACCCUUUAAAGUGACAGUGUAACACAAUCUGGUUUGCUCCUGGGAUCUCAAGGGGGGGCGGGCGAGUGAGGGCUAGAACUGGUGAACUCUUGAACUAGAGCAAGCCAUCCCUCCCUCGCCUGCCUCGAGACCUUUGUGUUUUCUUUAUAACUUCCCCCUUCACAUGCUCCACACACAAAGGGUUUUUAUAAUUUUAAAUUAUUACUGCUGAAUAAACGGACAUUUCAGCUCAA